AUGAGGACUAGAUGUAAUAAACAUAAAUAAAAUUAUAUACAAUUUAUUUGUUUAUAAGAGGAUUGUGAAUUCAAUAAAUUAGGAUGUAUUAGUUGUUUUCCAGAUCAUGAUGGUCAUACUAAAUAAAAUAUGGAAAUUUAGCAUUUUUUUGAAUAAAUUACAUAAAAAGAUAGAGAUCUUGAAUUAAAGUAUCUAUAACUAAUUAAUUCAAACUCAGCAAAGAAGAAUAAAGAAUAAUUAAUUAGAUCUAUUUAAUAAUAAUGCAAAGCUAUAUAAAGUAGAGUAUUUAGUUAUAUUGAUCGACAUUGUGAAGCAUUAAUAAAUAGUGUUUAAAAUAAGAAUCUUAAUGAUUCAAGUUCAUAAUUAAAAGUUAUAGCUUAUCAUGAUGAACUUGAAAGAAUAAAAAAUAAAUCAACUUAUACGUUAGAGAAUAAAGUAUUUUAAUUUAUUUUAUAAAUUAGGAGAUUGAAUUCUUGAUUAACUUUGUUUAAACAAAUGAUUAUUAAGAAAUGAUUACAAAUGCUAUUCAAAUAAAAGAAAAAAAUACUUAAGAAUUUACAUAUGAUAUAAAUUAAGUAGUAGAUUCAAUAGAUCACUAAUUUUCUGAACUAUAUAAUCAAUUAGAUUCAUUACUUUUAUCCCAAUAAUUUGCCUCCUCUCAUUCAUUUGAAUAAAAAAACAAAAGUGUUCAACAUAAUUAUUCAUUAACUCUCGGAAUCUUACCUAAAAGUCCAAAUAGAAAUUUAACAAAAGGAAAAUCAAAAUCUCCUUUAAGAUAAACAUCUACAAAUCAAUCAAGAAUGAAAACUCCUGAAUCAAAUAAAAAAUUAACUUAUUAAAUAGGAUCAAGUAAUAAAAUAUAGAUUUCAAAGUUUCUUAUGACUUCUCCAUUAAAAGAGGAAGAUGAUUUUAUUACUAAAAAUAAAAAUCUAGAAUAAUUAAUUACAAAUUUAUUAAUGAUAUAUAUGCCAUUCAAAUAUUUAAAUGAUCACUUAUAGUUUUUAAAAAAUAAUUAUGCUGAGUUUUAAGAUUAUAAUAAAAUUACUCAUUAAGAAAAAGUCUAAUUAAUUGAAGAAUCAAACUCAUAAUUAUUAUAUGUAUUAUGGGAUAAUUUAAUGAUUGAAUGGUUAAAACCUACUUUAAAUUUUAAUAUUAUAAAUAUUAAAGUUUAUGAAAUUGAAAAUAACUUUAAUUCAUUUCUAGAAUUAUUUGAUAAACAAUUAAAAAUGCAUGAAUUUGUUGCUUAUGUUAUUAAAUAGAAAAUUAUAAAACCAAAAGUUGAUUAUUAAACAUGGUUUAUUUUAGCAAAUAAAUCUACAAAUUAAUUUAAAAUGUAUAAUAUAAAGUCUUGUGGUAAAAAACUUAAUAGAGAAUUAACAAUUGAAGAUUAGUCAUUCUCUUGUAUUGAUCAAUUGAAAGCAGCUAAUGUAUAUGCAUAAUUUCCAAAAGUAAUCUAAGACCAUCUUAAUGGUAGCUUUUCAAUUGAAAAAGAUCUUAAAAUUAUAAUCAAAGGAAUCAUGGAUCCUAACUUCUAAACUCAAUUAUUAGCAGAAAGAUUAUAAGUAAAUAUUUUUGUAAUAUUAGAUUUUAUUAAAUUUGGUUACUAAUCCUUAAGUUGCUGCCAAUCUAACAUUUUAGAAUAUUGAGAAACACUUUGAUCAAGUCUUAAUCAAUUUCAAGUAUUUUAUUAACUACUUAAAUUUAUCAAUAAAAGAUACAUUAUAAAACUGA